AUGCAAGAUCCUGUUGUCAUUCAGCGAUCGAUAGGCAGUAGCCCUGAUAGCAACACACUUUCAGAAACAACCGUUGCUGCUGCUGCAUCGUCUUACGAAUCGACCAACUCAACCAUGAGCGAUCCAGUCAAGAGCUACAACAAAAUACGUCGACAAGGUUCGAGAAGUUCGGUUUUAGCCAAACAAGCUGAUACUGAUGCCGGCAUGUCGUCUUGGGUACGCCAUAAGAAGCACUUUUUUAUCCUAAGCAGUGCGGGAAAGCCGAUAUGGACCAGAUAUGGAGAUGAAUCGCGAAUAUCGACAUUGAUGGGCGUUAUUCAAGCUAUCAUUUCUUUCUUUCAAGAUCAAGAUGAUAUGAUAAAAUCCAUGAACGCGGGUCGCCAUAAAUACGUCUUUCUACACAAGGACCCAUUGUACUAUGUCACGGUAUCGAAGACGGGUGAAUCGGAUGGGCAGCUACGCGACCAGCUCUUGUACCUGCAUAAUCAGAUCCUGAGUGUAUUGACGAGUGUGCAAUUGACAAGGAUAUUCGAGCAACGCGUGAAUUUUGAUCUCAGGCGUCUUUUGGGUGGAACGGAGGUGUUUUUGGAUAGCCUUUCAACUUUAUUCAGCCAAGACCAUGGAUUCAUGCUAUGUGCUUUGCAAUGCCUUCGUUUAUCCAGGGUGGUGAGAGAUCAAUUGGGUUCUAUAUUUUCGAGUGGUGGCAAAGUCAAGGGGCUUUUGUAUGCAAUGAUCGUGGCCAAAGGCCAAUUGGUUACCUUACUGCGUCCUAGGAAACAUAGUUUACAUCCUGCUGAUCUCCAUUUGCUAUUCAACAUGUUGACAGGCUCGACAACCUUUGAUCUAGCAGAAUCGUGGACGCCGCUUUGUUUGCCCAAGUUCAAUUCCAAAGGAUUUCUCCAUGCCUACAUUUGCUAUAUUGCACCAGACGUUUCUAUCGUUAUGAUUAGCACGGACAAGGAUCGCUUUUUUGAUAUGAGUGAAUGGAAGAGCACAUUGGUGGAGACAAUGAAAGCUCGGAAUGUUUUGGAUAGCGUGAUUGAAGCAUCUGAAAAGCAUUAUACAGUAGAUGAUGUCGGUGCUCCAGGUCUACUCCACUUUUUGUACAAGAGUAAAACGCAUGUGCAGUUUACCUGCCCCAACUUUAGUGGUCCUUAUACCAACAAUAGUGGCAACCGCAAGAGGUUGCACCGCUUAUACCAUUAUGCUUAUGACCGCAUGCAUUGCCGAGCACGUCCAAUGAAAUUGUAUUAUCAUGAAGCUGACAAGGAGAUCUUGCUAGGAUGGAUUACGUCCUCUUUUGAAGUCUAUGUUGUAUUUACUCCUGAUACACCCAAAUCGAGCAUCAUUUCGAGUUCCAACCAGCUCUUACGAUGGAUAAAACGCAACGAAGAGAAUCUUUUUAUUGUAAACUCGCCAGUAUUUUAG